AUGAUUAUUGCAUGGGCAGUCUCUUCAUUCCAGGACCAUCCAAAAAAUGAAAAUCAAGAAGAAGAACCCAUCGAUACGCUGCUUGAGGCGAAAUUCGACGCGGCGACGACAAGGUUGCCGGGGUUUCUGACAAAAAUCGAUCAGAAAACUAUAUUAAAAUUCUAUGGACUCUACAAGCAGGCUGUAGAAGGUCCAGCAGACUCGAAAAAAGGUCCCUACUGGUUCGAAACGGUCGCGCGCAAAAAGUUCAACUCGUGGCUAGCGAAUAGUCAGAUGAGCCGGUCGAGAGCUAUGGAAGCGUAUUGUGAGCUCAUGGCUCAGCUUGACACGUCUUGGGAUCCGGAUGCAGAGACGGUGAAGAAAAGUGGACUGUGGGAGAAGAUGCCCAGCACAAUGGGUGUUAUCGAGCCAGAAAUGUUCGACGACGCUGUGGUGCACCCGCCAACGAAACUGGAAACCGAAACCGAAAAGAAAUGGUUCGCGGCGAUGCGCGUGAGCGAUAUCGACACUAUGCGCACACUUUUGAGAAAUGAACCCGAGAUUAUUGAGGCCAAGGAUCAAUAUUUGGCGAUGACCGCUCUCCUAUGGGCUACGGACCUCGGAUGUGAUCCAGUUGUUCAAUUUCUUAUUGAAAACAAUGUAGAUGUCAAUGCAGUCGAUGGAUGUCUACAGACAGCGCUACAUUUUGCCGCUCAAUGCCACCGACCACUGCUCGCCGAGCUUCUACUCCAGGCGGGCGCCGACCGGUCCGCUCUCGACGCCGAUGGUCUGACACCUUCAGAAUGCUGUGAUGACGAGGAUCUCCGGAAGAAAUUGACGCCAUAGGGCGGAUUUCCUUAGACCACCCUGAAUUUGUAAAUAUCAAAUUUCAACAUAAUUUUUUUUUUGAUUUUGUGUGUGUGCCCUUUGCUACUUUUCAUUCAUCCAUUUCUCCCCGUUUCUGUGAGAUAUUCCUCGUUCCUAGCGUCUUGAGUUUCAAAUUUCAAGAAAUCCUUCCAACUUUCUGCUUCUAUACUUAUCCACUUUUUUUCUGGGUCUUGACACGAUUUUUAAAUUUUAUUCAAAUUAUUUCCAACCAAAAAAAACCAAUAUGAAACCGCACGAGAAAAAUAGCUUUGAAAGUUUUACACAAUAAAAAUAACUGGAAAUGUUC